GAGAAACAGGAAAUAGUCACAUGUGUCACGUGACCACUGUCAGACGUUUGAAGAUGAAAUGGUGACAAAGUUUCUUUUUCAUAAUGUUACACAACUCUUGUGUUUUUGUGUAGACUCUUUUGUCCCAUGUCGAACCCUGUAGACGUUUUGAUCGGGCACUGCUUUGAACAGCUCGUCGUUUCCUGGGUCCGCAGCAGAAGCGGAAGCCAGUGUUGAGUCAGUCAGGGUGUUGUCCCGCGUCUGUCCCGCGUCUGUCCCCGGUCCUCGCUGUUCGAACAUGGAUUCGGUUCAGUGUCUCCGUGUCCGCAGAGGACAGAUGCUGAUAACGAAGACGACGACGAUGAUGAUGAUGAUGAUGAUGAUGAUGUUGAUGAUGUUUGAUUCUUGUCGCGCGGAGGAAAUAGACGUCGCGGUGGGCGGGACCAUCACCCUGAAACCUCAGACGGCCCCGAGCGGUGAUAUCGGGUGGAAACAUGGAGGGAACCAGGUGUUGGAGUAUGAGGGUGGUGUGUUGGAGCUUUUCAACAUUUUUGAAGGUCGGACCGAGCUGGACCGAGUCACCGGGCAGGUGGACAUCAGUUCCGUGACAAAGGCGCACAGCGGGACGUACGUGCUGUAUGUGGGCAACGUGGAGCAGCCGCAAAAGUAUCACGUUUCUGUGUUGGACAAAGUGCGCAAACCAAAGGUGGUCAGCAAAACUCUGGCCUGUUUACCCGAAUCAUCGUCCUGCAACUUCAACUGUGAAAGUGACGUCACCGGGGCGGGGCGUGUUUCCUACAGCUGGAUGGUCGGUGGCGAGUGGAUCCUGGAGCAGAAUAGCGCGAGCUUAAAGUUAAACAACACGAAGGAAACGAGGAAGUCUGAGUUCAUCUUCUGUAACAUCAGCAAUGCAGUCAGUACAGAAGAGAGUGACGGCUACCAAGUGCCAUUCAAAGACCCAAUAAAACCUGUGUCCCAUGGACCCAUCAUCGGUGGUGUCCUUGGUGGCCUUGUUGUCCUUGGAUUGCUCGUGGUUGGGGUUUAUAAGCGAGACACAAUAAAACAGCUGUUUGGACAGAAGUAUGGUCCUGCGAGUUCAGAGGAAAGGUCUAAGGAGAGAGAUUCCAACAACGGCCUUUAGACUAGCAGUGGGGUCUUCUCCUGUGACACUGGAUCACAUCUAGACUCUGCAGUGUCUUCCACAUCUGUCCAUCCCUGUCUCUGUCACUGCUGGAGACGUGAGGACAUGGUGGACGCUUGUCAUCAUCGGUGAGAACAUGUGUAAAUAAAGAGUUGGUUUUAAUGUGAAAACCAACCAUUCUAUUCAAAUCAAACUGUCCAUUCAUCUCCUGCCGUCACGAUGACGUCACCAUGCGAUGGUGCAGUCAAUCCUCAUUUUGACCUUUGACCUCGGGAUGAGGCUCCUGGAUUAGGACCGUGUCAGUGUUUGUCAGUUUAACUGAUGUGGAUUAGGAAGAUGUUGUUGAUCUUGUUGUUGUUCAGAUCCUGGUUUUUAUCCUGAUCAUGUUCAGGUCUCGACUCCAUGAAUCACGCGUGUAGUAAACUAACAAACAUGUGCUCACUGUCAGCAUCUUUAACAUUGUAUUGCACUGCCUGUGUGUUUGACUGCUUUAGUUCUUACUGUUACCAUGACGACGAGUGGCAGAGCCAAACUGAAGAGGGAAAAAGAAGAAAGUCAAGAUAUUAGGAGAAUUUUAAAGAAUCCUUAUUUAAUCAAGUGUGUUCUUAUGAUGAAAUACAUGUAAACGGCACAUGUCCGUUUCUCUUAAGUUUGGCCCUCAGACUCCACUAUAGCAGACUUUUCUGUUCAUCACAUCACAUGUCAUUUAGCAGACGCUUUUAUCCAAAGCGACUGACAAUGGAAUUGAGUACAAUCAGCCAAGGGUGGAGUCGAACUUGCGACCGUUGCUGCCAUGAUGUCUUUCGCACACAGCGUACUGGUCUUAACCACUGAGCCACUCUUCGUUGUUUUUAGUUAUUGUGUUGAACAAAUAGUUUUUACCUAACAACUAUGUCAAUAAUGUGUCUUUGCAAAUAAAUGCUGCCGCUUGUAAAACAGU